AUGCGGGUGAGGCGGCGGUGGCCGCAGUGGGCGACUGACCCCAAUGGCGGCGGCCGCUGCCACGGCAAAAGUGCGGACACAGGUGCCGCGACUUGUCCUGGAGGCUGGAUAGCUUACCAAAGUAACUGCUAUGGACUCUUUUAUGAAAGGUUAUCCUGGAACGAUGCAGAGGAGGAAUGCCAGAGCUAUGGCCACAAUGGCCAUCUUGCCUCCGUCCUCAACUGGGCAGAAACGGACGUGGUGGCCAGCUACAUUACCAGCUUCCAUAAAAACAUUGGACCUGUCUGGAUUGGGUUGAAAGACCCCUGGAUGACGAUCAAAUAUCGGGAGCUCACGCAGCUCUCCAGUGAUGACAUGAGGCUUCUCCUAGCCUAG